UUAAAAUGUUUUAACAUGGAGACAAAACUUGCAGAAUUUGGGGUUACAAAACCAGGCAAUCGGUUCGAAAAAAGUGUGGGCAAACAUGCAGUUUCUGAUGAAAACACAUCCGGAGAGCCAUCAGUUUCGAAGAACGUUGCAACUUUAAAAGAAAAUGAUCUGUGUAAAAAAUGCAUUUGCGAUUUUGAAAACAAUUUAAUCGAUUGCACGAAAAAAUUAAACAGUUGGCUCUCUAACGAAGAAUGGAAUGUCUUAAUCAACGGAAACUUUACUUUUGAAACAAUCAAGCUAGAACACAACAAUUUAAGCAGUAUCCCAAUAUUGCCAACAUAUGAUGUAAAACAUUUAUACAUUGGCUAUAACCAGAUAGAUUCAAUAGCUAACGGCGCCUUUCAAAAUCUAUCCGACUUGACAAGCCUAGACUUAUCGCACAACAAAUUAACUUCAAAAGUGAUGUUACCAGAUGUCUUUAAAGGACCCUAUACCGUAUCGGACUAUAAGGCGUUAUAUAAUUUGAAAUCGCUAAAUUUGGGAUACAAUGAACUGCAUUUUUUGGAUGCAGAUUUAUUCGAGCAUGUUCCAAACCUAGAAGAGCUUAUUUUAUGUUCAAAUAAUUUUCAAGUAAUAGACGGACUUUCAGAAGUGGCAAUUUCAGGUUUGACAUCAUUGAAGGUUUUAGAUAUUUCAUAUAUGGAAAUAAAAACCUUGCCACAAACUCUUUUACAUGGGCCACGAGAUCUUGAGACUUUAAUAGCAGCUGGAAAUCUUUUCAGUAAAUUGCCAGAUGCUUUAUCAUUUGCAAAGAAUUUAGCCAGGCUUGUCUUGAAUGAAAACCCAAUUGAAGAUCUUCAAGGCGACAACAUUUUUCCUGUGAUGACUAACUUAAAAUAUCUCAGUAUGUCUUAUAUGCCAAAGCUGCGCCAUAUUGGAGUUGGAGCCAUGAGUGAAUUGCAGAACCUUACCGAGCUAAUAUUGUCUGACAACAAGUUUCUAGUAGAAAUCGAUGAGCUCGCCCUAGCAAAAAACCUUAAUGAUGGGCAAUACAUGAACUAUCCGCCAUUAGAAAAAGUUUAUUUAAAUAAUUGCAACUUGACAAAAAUACCAAAGUCAUUCCUUGUACGUUGGGAUAAACUUUCAGUGCUUGAUCUUCGAUUUAAUCCAUGGACUUGCGAAGAGUCGAAUGAUUAUUUAAUCAACAUCCUACUGCCACAAAUAAACAAAACAACCCCACUUCUGGCAAAAAAUGUACAGUGUGAUUCACCCGUUGAAUUAAAAAAUGUGGAUAUUUUAAAGGUAGCGACGGAUCAUUUAAUUGACAGUAAAAAAAGCAGUGGUAUUUUCUGGAUUGGGCUGCUUGUUUUUAUACUUAUUGCCAUUCCGAUUACACUAGGAAUUAUUGUGUUAUACAGACGUGGCUGCUUUUCUUUAAAUAGAAAUGACAGUGGCGCCAGUCGUGCUCUCUAUAAUAGAACAAAGUUCAAUGACGAUUUCCAAAUCUAAUUAUAUUGUAAUAUAUAUUUAUAAUUAUCAUACCCAACAAAGAACAUAAAAUUUUACUUUUGUACACAAAAUACAGAGUUUUCCAUUUA